AUGAGCUCUAUCAUACAAGGUGCAGGUGGAAUGCUGAUGAUUGAUCCUCUUUUCCAAUGCCUACUUGUUAAAGAGUGCCGAAGUUGGAAUAUUCCAGUUAUCUUUGAUGAAGUUUUUACUGGUUUCUGGCGACUUGGAGUUGAGUCUGCUGCAGAACUGCUCUGCUGUCAACCAGACAUAGCCUGCUUUGCAAAGCUGAUGACUGGUGGAAUUAUACCCUUGGCUGCCACGUUAGCAACAGAUGCUGUUUUUGAUUCAUUUGUUGGAGAUUCAAAGCUCAUGGCUCUGUUACAUGGACACUCUUACUCUGCGCAUGCUAUGGGGUGUACAGCAGCUGCUAAAUCCAUAAAAUGGUUUAAGGACACCAGGACAAACCUCAACCUAAUUUCUGAAGGAAGGUUGCUGAGAGAGCUAUGGGAUAUGGAUCUGUUGAAGCAGAUAUCAAUGCAACAAGAAGUCUGUAGAGUUGUUGCCUUGGGAACCCUCUGUGCAAUAGAACUUCAUGCAGAAGGACAUAAUGCUGGUAUUGCCUAA